AUGCAGUUGUUUAGGCGUAGUACGCUCUCCACAUUGCAGAAUGCAUCCCGCAUUCAACAACGCCGACAUAUCGCAUCUACCUCCGCCUAUGCUUCGACUGUAGACAACCUUCGAAUUAACAGCGAAACGAAAGUUCUUUUCCAGGGAUUUACGGGAAAGCAGGGAACGUUCCAUGCUCAACAGGCCAUUGACUACGGCACCAAUGUUGUCGGCGGCACGAACCCCAAGAAGGCUGGAGAGAUGCACCUUGACCGUCCCGUUUUCGCUUCCGUGAGAGAUGCCAUCAAGGAAACAGGCGCGAAUGCCUCCGCGAUCUUCGUCCCCCCUCCAGUUGCUGCAAAGAGUAUAGAGGAAGCCAUCGAGGCUGAAAUGCCUCUCAUCGUCUGUAUCACUGAAGGCAUCCCACAACAUGAUAUGGUCCGAAUUACGGAUAUUUUGAGGACCCAAAACAAGACCAGAUUAGUUGGCCCUAACUGUCCUGGCAUUAUUGCUCCUGGACAAUGUAAAAUCGGUAUCAUGCCCGGAUUUAUCCACAAGAGAGGACGCAUUGGAAUCGUCUCUAGAUCAGGCACCCUUACGUACGAAGCCGUAAACCAGACCACGCAAGCUGGUCUUGGUCAGUCCCUCGUUGUCGGUAUCGGUGGUGACCCGUUCUCCGGCACAAACUUCAUUGACUGCCUUCGUGUCUUCCUCAAGGACGACGAAACUGACGGCAUCAUCAUGAUUGGCGAGAUCGGUGGCAGUGCCGAAGAAGAUGCCGCCGAAUUCCUCAAGAGUGAAAACAAAGCAAAUAAGCCCGCUGUCGGUUUCAUCGCCGGUAUCAGCGCUCCCCCCGGCCGUCGCAUGGGUCACGCUGGCGCCAUCGUUAGUGGAGGUAAAGGUGGAGCCGAUUCGAAGAUCGCCGCUCUCGAGGCGGCUGGUGUCAUCGUCGAGCGAAGCCCUGCGUCGCUUGGAAAGACAUUACAUGCUGAGUUCGUGAAGAGAGAUUUGAUCUAG